AUGCGGCGGGGAGGCGAGCUUUCGCUCUCCGAUGGUUGGGAGAAUGGCGCAGGGAAGGCGGAAGGGCCCGUCACGAUUUGGGUUGUUUUGGAAAUGGCAGAGGCUGUGACGAAAGAUUUUGGAAGGAUUGACAUCUUUGUGCAUUCUCUUGCUAAUGGACCAGAGAAGAGGGUUUCUUGCUACAAUUUCAGCUUUGAGUUACUCUUUUGUCUCCCUGCUUCGGCACUUUCUUCCAAUAAUGAAUCCAGCGGUGCUUCAAUAUCUUUGACAUACAUAGCUUCCGAAAGGGCAAUCCCAGGAUACGAAGGUGGAAUGAGCUCAGCAAAAGUUGCAUUGGAGAGCGAUACAAAAGUGCUGGCUUUUGAACUGCACUUGCUUGCCACAAAGCAUCAGGUGCCCUCAAGAGUACUGGGAAGAAUGCCGACAAACUAA